CGGAAAGUUUUUUAAUUAAUUUCUCUGGAGGUUAAUAAGUUUAUUUAACCUUUUAGUUUAACAGGAAACAUUGAAUUGGGAAUUGGUUUCAGCACCUACUUUGCACCCAUAUCAUCGAGUUUUAGCAUAGUAACUGAAAUCAGCACUUAAAUUGUGAAAAAAAGAGGUGGUGAAUUUAAUAAAUAUCAUCCAAGAAUUAUGUAAUAAUACUUACAAGGCAUUAAUUGAAUACAAAUCUAUUAAAAAAAUUCUGUAUGAACAUAAUGAAUGCCAAAAAGAGAAUUACAGAUACAGAUACCAUACAAACAGAAAAGGUCAAAAUUGAUAACGCAAUAUUCCGCUUGCAUCACACUUAUACAGUAUUCGUUAUUUUGCUUUUCACAAUAUUGGUAUCUGUACGAGAGUUAGCUGGAGACCACAUUGAAUGUACCAGAGGAGCACUACUAUCAGUACCAGAAGAUGUUAUAAAUACGUAUUGUUGGAUGAAUUCAAGGUAUACAAAGCCAGAACACUUAAACAUUACAGUAUGGAAUAAUAGAACAAAUCCAGAGGAAAAACCAGUGAAAUAUAUGCACUUUUAUCAGUGGGUAAUAUUUUUACUUCUCUUUCAAGCAGCGAUGUUUUACGUACCCAAGUUGCUGUGGGUUUCCUGGGAAGGUGGUACAUUAAGAUUAUUGACGACGGAUCUUAAAGUUGGUCGAAUGGAAGAACGUGAAAAAGAACAAAAAAUACAUAUCUUAGCCGACUAUUUUAGCAGUAGCUGGAACAGAUAUGAUUGGUAUGCAAGAAAAUACUUCAUUUGUCAAGUUUUGUGUCUUUUGAAUCUAGUUGUACAAGCUUUUAUACUCGAUGAACUUUUAGAUCAAAAUUUCUUUACCUAUGGAAUCUUCUCUUGUCAAUAUUUUUUUUAUGGUGGGAAAUUUGAUCCGAUGUUAGAUGUGUUUCCACGAAUCACAUCAUGCACAUUUUACCAGUUUGCAUCUGAUCCGACAAAUAUUGAGAAAAGCUCUGUACUUUGUGUCGUGGCUUUGAAUAACAUGUAUGACAAAAUUUACUUAUUUUUUUGGUUUUGGUUUUGCAUUCUUUUUCUGUUGACAUUAGGCUCAAUUUUCUUAUUUAUCAUGUUAUUUUUUAUUCGACCCGCCAGAGUAAAUUAUCUGUGUUCUGUAUAUGGGUAUGAUCGUGAGGAAGAUAUGCGCACUUUAGUUCGAGAGGCUUCGUUUGGCGAUUGGUUCAUUUUGUAUCAACUCGGAAAAAAUGUGGACUUUAUUGUUUUCAGAGACCUCGUGCGUGUAAUAUCUCAUAGAAUCGAGAACGAAUCGAUAACCUUUGGCGCUCCACACACAGAUGCAUCUACACAGGUAUUGAGUGACGACUUAAGACGAGCUGCUAGUAUGGGAUGGGGCAGUCAGAAAGAUCAAUUGGGUGAAAGUACUCCGUAUUCGAUUGAAAUUCAAAUUGAAACAGUCGAAGAAGCUCAGAAAUCAGAUCCACAAACAUCAGACAAGAGAUCAGAUCCAAGACCCUACCAGAGAUUAGGUCAGAGACCGGAACCGAGAGAUCAGAACCAAGAUCGUCCUUCAUGGAUGGGUGAAGGAACCAGAGAACAUGAGAGCUUGUGGGUUAGACUUUUGAGAAGUGUAUUGUCCAAAUUAUAAAUA